CUCUGUCACGUGAUCUCCUCUGGGCGUCACGCGGGUCAGCUGAUGAUCGCAGGAAGAAGAUGUCGCUGAGGAGCUCUGUAAGGAUGGAAGCCAUUCUCGCCGUAACGCUUAUCCUCGUCACCGCUGGUGUCCAGGGGGACAGCUUGACAGUGCUGCAGGCUCCAGAGUUUUUGUCUUUUCAGAAAGGAGACUGGCCACUUUCUGGAGAGAAGAUCCCAGACUUGGUGGCUCUAACCAUGGGUUUCUCUGUGGAAGAGGAUCUGUCCUGGCCGGGCCUCCAGGCUGGUCCGUUGUUCCAGCGACCUCGGGCUAACGUCCUGGUGGUCGUGAGAGGAGUUGACAGCCUGGAUUUGCCUCAGAGUGUCGCUUCUUACCCCUUGGAGAACCCCGUGGCCUUCACUCUGGACAGUGUUGCAGAGAUGGUACACUCCACGUUCGCUGAGUACACUCCUGUGGUGCUGCAGCUGGCUCCCAGCGAGGAGAGACUUUACAUGCUUGGCAAAGCCAAUGCCGUGUUUGAAGACCUACCAGUCACCCUGCAGCAGAUCCGGGCUCGUCUGUCUCAGGAUGGCUCAGUGCUCACUUCUUUCCCCCUCAACUCCCUCAGCAGAAAUGCAGAGGCAGAUUUGCUCUUCCUGUCUGAGGUCCAAGUGCUGCAUGAUAUCACAGCUCUGCUGCAGAGACACCGACAUUUGGCCAAGGACAACUCUCCUGACCUGUACUCACUGGAGCUGUCUGGGCUGGAGGAGCUGAGCCGCGUCUAUGGCAAAGACUCUCCUCAGUACCGGGACGCCACAUCCAUCCUUGCUUCUGUCCUUCAGAAGUUUGGAGAGGACAUGUAUCGUCUCUAUGGCAACAGUGCUGCUGUGGAGGUUGUCACGGUGAAAACAUUUGAAGCUCCUUUGACCAGGAAGUCUCGUUCAAUCCUGGAAUCUAAGCAGAUUAGUAACCCUGGCAGCCCGUACAACCUGGCCUACAAGUACAACUUUGAGUACGCAGUGAUCUUUAACAUAGUGCUGUGGAUGAUGAUCGUGCUGGUCCUCGCCGUCAUCGUCAUUGCUUACAACCUGUGGAACAUGGACCCAGGUUAUGACAGCAUCAUCUAUAGGAUGACCAAUCAGAAGAUCAGGAUGGAUUAAAUUCUCACAGUCAUCAUCGCUGUUUUCAGAGUAAAUGUUUGUGUUUUGUGUCGGGCUUUCUUUUGCCAACAAAGAAAACAACAAAACAGGUAAUGUAAAAAAAGAAGAGGCUGUGAUUGAUAGAUUAAAAAAAAAACAGAAUAUUUGUUGGGUUUAUUCCCUUUACUUUCACAGCUCACAUGAUUCCUUCAUAACUUGAGCUCCUCAUGUUUGCUUCACCUGAUCGCCCUGCUGAUUUCUGUGUUUUUUUAUUAUUUGUGCAGUAAAAGUGAUGAUAAAUUUAUGAAAGAAGACUUAUUUGGCUAAUAUGUCGUGCUUGGUUUUUGUGUGAUGCUGUUUAAGUUAAAUACAUAUGUGUAUAUAUUGAGUAUACAGAUACAAAAGUAUGAGGACCUGCUGUAGUCUUAUUGUGAAAAAUGUGUAGAAGGUUGGUUUCACUGUAAUUCCAUUCCAAAUGACUACAUUUUGUUGCAAGGAAACUUGAUCAUAAUGUUUGUUGUUAUGGGUGUAAAAUAAAAGAAGCUCUGUAAAUCGCAAUAAAUAUUGAAUCCUUAAUGAA